UUCGCACAAAAAACACACAUGCUGCAUACUCUUUGGCUUCAUGGUUCAUGUGAAUGUUUUGAAAGGAAAAAAGUAAGGUAAAAACAAAGGUUUUGGAGCUAGGCCUACAGGACUAGCUAACUGAAAUCAAAGAUAUUGGUUUGCAGUACUAUAUCUUUUUGGGGAAUUUUAUGCGAAAUACCGCCACAUUAUUCCAAGCUUUGUUUACACACAUAUAUAGGAAAAAUCUAAUUUUAUAUAGGCCUAAUUUAUCUUGCCGAACAAACCAAAUCAAACUCUUCCAGGCACCCGGUCCCGGUGUCUUCUUUCCUGCUGGAAGCGUUCGUUUUAUUGCAACGACUUCAACUGAAGAAAAUAGGACGAUAAGGAUGCCGAAAAAACGCAAGGCAGAUGAUGAAGCAUCAGAUGGAUCCAAGCAAGCCAAGACUGAAGGAACAGAAGCCAAUAAGAUGCCAGACGAUGCAAACACAUUGGAUCCCAACACAGACAAAAAGUCUGCAUCUGGCGAAAAGUGGAACUUUAAAAUUUCUUCAUGGAAUGUGAAUGGGCUCAGAGCUUGGGAAAAGAAAGACGGUUUGAAGUACUUGACACUGGAUGGCCCGGAUAUUCUUUGCUUGCAAGAGACAAAGUGUGAUGAGAAAUCAAUCCCAGGAUCCUGUACAAUUGAUGGUUACCAUAACUACUGGUAUGCAGCUGAGCAGGCUGGGUAUGCAGGGACUGGUAUUAUGUCAAAGGUUAAACCACUGAAUGUUACAUAUGGAAUUGGCUGUGAGCAGCAUGAUAAAGAAGGGCGUGUCAUCACUGCAGAGUAUGAUAAGUUUUAUCUGGUGACUUCAUAUGUUCCGAAUGCAGGGAAGAAGUUAGUGAGGUUGGCAUAUCGGGAAGAGUGGGAUAAAGAUUUUCGUAACUACCUCGUUGAUCUGGAUAAGAAGAAGCCGGUGAUUCUGUGUGGCGAUCUGAAUGUAGCCCAUAAUGAGAUAGAUCUUGCUAAUCCAAAGAGUAACCGUAACAAAACAGCCGGAUUCACUGACCAGGAGAGACAGGGCUUUACUGAUUUGCUAGCAGCUGGCUUCAUCGACUCAUACCGUCACUUUUAUCCACAGAAAACUGCCGAGUAUUCCUUCUGGACCUACAUGAUGAAUGCAAGAGCCAAAAAUACAGGCUGGCGUUUGGAUUACUUUGUAGUGUCCGAGAAACUUAAACCUAAUAUUUGCGACAGCGUCAUAAGAACCAAGGUAUAUGGCAGUGAUCAUUGUCCUGUUACACUAUUUCUGACAAUGUAAUAUUUUUACAAACCUUGUUAAUUGUUCUUUACAAGAGUUUUACAGCAGUUUGUCAUUACCAGUGAAUGAGAUAUAGUUUGCAUCAACUAUCUAAAUUAAUAUCUGCAUUUUUUGUUAUUAGCUUCAAUAAACAGAGACUUCUUGGUUACUUGAUUUGGAUGAUGUUACAUCAUCUUUUUUUCAAUCAUGAAACUUUAAAAAUACAUUUUGUUUUAUUAAUCGUCAUUCCUCAUUAUAGUGUCCUUCACUGACAUGCAUUAAAGAUCAUUAAAGAUUCAGUCAGAUUGUCUCCGAUAGUCCCUGCAAGUGGCGCUGCGACAUGACUACAGGCUUCCAAUUGUGAGAUAGAUGGUUCAAGUUGUUUCUUGGGCCCAGCACUCUCCAAGGAGUGUAACUUGGUACCUGGUAGAAUUAUAUGUCUGUAACAAUACAGAGUACACCCCCAGAAAGCUAUGUUUUUUUAAUGUGUUUUAUCCAAUGAUUGACGUAAUAAUAUUGUACUCAUAGGCCAAAAAAAAAAAAAUUGUUGUGUUGUCCAAGCAGAGUGAGAAUUUGAAAUUUUGAAAUAAGGGCCUAGGACUAAUUCUAGAGUUUACAGCCAGACAACACUGUCACUGUUUCUUGCAGGUUAAAUUUUAACAACUUUAAAUUAAUUAAAGUUUUAAAGUGAUCUUAUUAUAGUAAGUUUUUCCACCUUUAAAAAAAGCUGCCCUUGAUUUUAGACAUUUUCUGUCUGGUUGGCUUGGACACGUAAUUUUUUUUUGGCCUCAUGUGCUAUAAAAUUGACAUAUUUUUUAUUUAAUAUUAAACUUGUCACCACCACAACUCUGCCCAUACUGUGUAACAAGUAAAUGUGAAAUACCCAUAUUUGGGUGUGAUAUGACAUCAUCAUGCCCAUAUAUGGGUACAUAAAAUUUGAUAGUGUGGACAGAGCUAAGUGCAGUAAACUGAUGGCCUAAUUAUUCAUUUGAAUGGUUAUACAGUACCUGCCUCCAUAUGUAUCAAGCCACUUUAGUUUGUACUAGUCUUAAACUUUAAUUUGAUAUUAUAGAUAUGGAUUUAGUACAGCGCAUUAAAGGAAACGUAAAUCACAAUUUGUAUUUUGAUCUAUUUGUGAGAUUAACAUUAAAAGUAUUCUGUAACUUGAUUGAGUAGACUGUAAGCCAUUCUAUGAGUGUAAUCUAUAACAUUGUAUAUCUUGUUUGUACAUUCAUAUAUGCUGUGGAUAGCACACCAAUCUAGGGAUAUUGUUUGAUAUUGGAGAUUUCUUUGAACAUUCAUUUUGAGGGAUUUGGACAGGGUUAUCCCUAAAGCUACAAUCACUUUGUGAUUAAUAUGUUUUCCUCAAUAAAGAUUCUAUACCAAGUUGUAUAGAAUGGUCAAAUGUCUUUAAAUGAUAAUUUUAACUUAAGUCUUUUUGGCUCUCACUGUUAAAAAGUCAAAUCAUUGAUGGAAGUAGACUUGCAGCAGAAGUUUGAAUGGAUUCACCAAUGAGAAUUUAGAAAUGUCUUAGCGCUACAAGUUACAUUUGCUAGAUUGUAGCCUAUCUUCCUCAAUAUGAAUAAAAUUAUAUUGUUUGGCUGGCUACAAUUUACAAUUAAAUUUACAGUUACAGUUGUCUUUUCCAUCCAGUGAUUGGUUUUUGUGUGGACACCGCUUAUUUAUACAGUAUAUUGUCUACUAUAGACAUUUCCAUUUGAAUUUAAAAAUGCUAUUAGUAUUCAAGACCAUGAUUAUGAUCAUUGUUAACCGCCGUCGUACAUAAGGAAAUUUUUAGUUUUUAUACCAUUAUUAUUAAACGUUGAAAUAUUGAUUUAGAA